CUCACAAAUUAGUCGAAAACAUCACUACCAGUUUCUAAACAACAAUGAGCCCAAAACAUAUCGUCUUCAAGAAAAUAUCCAAGGACAAGUCGGUGGCUGUUUAUAUGGGGAAGAGAGACUUUGUUGAUCAUGUUGACUCUGUGGAUCCAGUGGAUGGUGUCCUUCUCGUUGACCCUGAACAGCUGAAGGGGAAGAAAGCAUAUGUCACUUUAUCCUGCACGUUCCGAUACGGAGGCAAUGACAUGGACGUUCUGGGCAUCGCGUUUAGACGAGAGAUCUACGUGUCCACCCGGCAGAUCUACCCCCCACUGCAGGACAAAGAGCAGGGCAUUCUCACCAAGGUGCAGGAUAAACUACUGCGUAAACUGGGUGUCAAUGCCUACCCAUUUUUCUUUGAAUUCCCUGACAACUUACCCUGUUCAGUAGGACUACAGCCAGCCCCAAAAGAUGUUGGAAAGCAUUGUGCAGUUGAGUUUGAGGUGAAAGCUUUCUGUGCUGAAAGCCAGGAUGCCAAAGUUCGCAAACGGUGCUCAGUACGUUUGAUGAUUCGUAAGGUCCAGUAUGCUCCAGAGAAACUAGGAGCAGCUCCCUGUGUGGAGACUACUCGUGACUUUCUUAUGUCUGACAAACCGUUGUAUAUGGAGGCAAGCUUACAGAAGCAGACUUACUAUCAUGGGGAACCCAUCAACGUAAGGGUCAAAAUUAAUAAUGACUCAAACAAAAAUGUGAGGAAUAUCAUGAUUUCUGUGGAACAAAUUGCCAGUGUGGUGCUGUACUCCAAUGACAGUUAUAUGAAGGCAGUGGCCAUAGAGGACUCUGGGGACACUGUUGACUCUGGUGCCAAACUGGAUGAAGUCUACACUUUGCUCCCCCUACUGGCCAAUAACAGAGAGAGGCGAGGCAUUGCACUGGAUGGAAAAUUGAAGCAUGAAGACACCAAUUUAGCCUCUUCAAGCAUCAUCAAAGAAGGUGUUCUGAAGGAAGUUCUGGGGAUCUUGGUGUCUUACAGAAUUGUUGUGAAGCUUAUUGUUGGAGGAAUUAUGGGAUCCAGUGAAGUUGGGGUGGAGCUCCCUUUCCAGCUUAUGCACCCAAAGCCUGUCACAGUGAAGGAAAGUGAACUGGAGGAUGAAAUGGUUUUCGAGGAGUUUAAGCGCACCUACUUGAAGGGCAUGGCCGAGGAUGAGGGAAACGUUUCACCUGGCGAACACUGAGGAAUACAUGUAGUUCUUGAAGCAUCCCUCUAUACAUUCUCUGCAGACCACCCAGACCAUGCUGUGACCAUUCUUCAGCUGCCUGACCUCCACAAGGAUCUCUGGAGUUGUAACUGAAAUUA